GUUCCAAGUGAUAAAUUAAAUAGCGCAGUUUAAAAAUGCAUUUUUUGAAGACUUUGUUAAUAAUCUUGACAAUAGUAGUGGUUUUAGCCAGGGGUAGUAAAGUAGAUUGGAGAAAUUGGAAUAUUACAUUUUAUGAGGAUAAGAUUGUUUGUAAGAAGAUCGACCAUGAUAAAACAUCCAAUAACAAAAUUGGAGUCGACAUUCCAAAAGAUUACAAGAGUUUCUUCCCGAAAUGCUGUCCUCGGAGCCAAAUUUAUUUAAAUUAUUCUUGUCAGGAUUCUCAAAACAGCAUGAAGAAAUUUAAAAUGAAAACUUCAAUUAUGUGCAAUAAUGUUUUGUUAGAAACUGAUGAUGUAUUUGAACCGAAAAACAUUAUUUAUGGAGAUCCUUGCAUGGAUGGCGGGUACAUGUUAGAAUCAAAGGAUGUAUUCGUCGUUUCUCUAGAUGGAAAUCUCUAUAUUAAAAACAAUGCUGGCAGAUACGAUCUGUACGAUUCAAAACAGUACUGUAUGGAAACUGAUAAUGAUACUUUAAGAGUGUUAGUAUGUUUUGACACCCAAAGAAUUUUGUACAUAUAUGCAGCAGUUGAACUGAUUUCAGUGGUUUUCCUAAUCGUGACACUUGUAGUUUAUACAUUUGUUAAAAAUCUCAGAACAGUCCACGGUUUGGCUUUGCGAUAUCAUGUGUCCUGUUUAAUAGUCGCUUUUUCAGUAUUAGCAGCCGUUCAAUUGGCUGGAGGACGAGAAAUACCAGAUUGGAUGUGCAUAUUAGCUGGGUAUGUGAUAGAACUAUCAUUUCUCGCCUAUUUUUUCUGGUUGACUGUGAUGUGCAUAGAAACUUAUAAAAGUAUUACUACAGAAAAUAAUGAAAAAAGCAAGGAGGACGACCAACGAAGAUUAAGAUAUUAUAAUUUCGGAGUUUGGGGUUCUACAUUUUUCAUAGGAUGUGUUACAUCUAUUUGUAAAUUUCCACCAAUUAUACCAUCUACCUAUUAUAGAUCGACCCUAGGACACACCUCAUGCACCUUCGAAAAAAAUUCUUCACCAUUUUACAAUUACUAUUUACCAGUGGGUGUAUCAUUGAUGGUAAAUUUGGCAACGAUUACGUGGACUUUUAAAUUCUUGAGACAGAGCGGACCUCAAUUUAAAACCUUGUUUCGCAAAUCCUUCGUACUAUUUCUGAUGAUGGGCCUGAGUUGGCUUACAGAAAUUUUGACUUGGGCAUUCCCUGAAUAUAUCCCAACAGAAUUGUUGACAGGUUUUGAUAUUUUUAAUGCAUCCCAGGGCAUUAUUAUAUCUUUACUUUUCGUCUGUCAUAAAAAUUUGAAUUAUGUGGAGGAAGAUAACAAAGAAACAUCUGCUGAAAGAAAAGGCUUUGGAAUGAAUUUAUUGGACCGAAAACAGAAAGUUUAUAACUGGUAG